CGCGAGCGGCGGCACCCGUCCGACUGUCAGGCGGUCAGGAGGAGCUCGCGGCCCCGCCGAGGAUUACCGGGAACAGGCGCUCGGUCGCCGACUGGCGCAACUAUGCAGCGGACACCUUGAAAAGAGAGCAAGACAAACCCCCUCCACACCCGCCAAAAAGGAGUCUCUUUUCCCGCGUCGGCGGCAGCACCUGACGAGCCUCCCCGCGAAUGUCGUGUUUAUGAAGGUGACUCCAUGAGCCAGUGAUGGAGACCAAAAGAUACCAAAGUUACUUCGACGGCAGCAGCACCGAGAGCAGAUGGUCUCAGAUCCCCGGCACCACGGACUUCUGCUGCACGCCCGAAGAUUUGAGUCUGAGCGGGGGCGACAUCCUAAUGGACAUUGUCAGCGCCGACGCCAAAGACGCCAAGGAGCCCGAGCAACAGCUGCCGCCGCCGCUUGGCCCGGGCCGGAACCAGCAGUUGGCUCCGCUGAGCUUCAGCAACCCCCUGCAUGGUCACAAGCCGGAGAUGGACUCCAAGGAGCUUUCCAAGACCGUGGCCGAAUCCAUGGGGCUGUACAUGAACGCUGCCAGGGAGGCAGACUUUGCCUUCAGCCAGCAUGGGGGUGGCACCAGCCCCAGGAAGAUGCAGUACCCAGGUUGUGGGCGGCCCCUCGAGGAGAACCCCGCCAAGAGCCCCAAGUUGCGACCUUUUAAGUUCCAGCAGCCGAGCAACACUCCGAGAGAGUCCGCCCCUGGGACUCCGGUGGGCUCUUCUUCUGUGCUGGCCUCUUCCAGCCCGGGGGGCGGGAACAAUAUGGUGUCCUCCACCACCAGUCCCCCCGCCUGCUUUGGACCCUCGUCCGUCACCAGUCCUGUCAGCCAUACGCCGUGUGCACAAACCCUGGCCAACAUCAAGCGCAGGAACUCAGCCGCAUGUAGCCCCGUGGAGUCCAGCACGGUGGGCACGCCCCCUCUCGCCAGCCCCCUGGGCGUCUUGAGGUCCCCCAUGUCCAGCCCGCAGAGUAUGAGCAGCGUGAGGUCGCCUCCGUCCUGCAGCGCCGCCUGCAACAUGAGGUCGUCCGUCUCCAGCCCCACCAGCACGGUCCGUCCGCCCGCCUCCAGUCCGGCCACGGGGGCUACCAUGGCAAUCGGUAGCCCGCAGAACCCCUCUUCGGGUGGGUUCCCGGCUUCCAGUCCUGCCAGCGAACUGGGAUUGGUCCAGAAUGACACGCAUAGCCCAGAAGCUGCCGGUCUGACUGCCGACCCGGACUUCAAACCCUUCGAGUUCCCCAAAGUGGAGAUGGAAGACGGGGAGGUGUUCAACGUGGGUUUGGACCAGAUGGGCAUGGUCAAGUACAUCAAGAACGAGCCAGGAACUGACUUUAGGAGCAUGUGCUUAGGCGGUUCCAAAUGCAACGCGGCCAGCUUACCGUUUGUCACGCAAAUAAAGAACGAGCCGAGCAAAAACGAGGGCUGCAUGAAUCCGCAGUCUUACAGCUCGCCGUCGCCGCCUCUUGGUCUCUACCCCGCUUCGGAGACCACGUACUUGUCCCUGAGGAAUAACAUCGACGAGUACAGUCUCUCCGGCAUUUUAGGACCGCCGGUGUCCAUGAACGGGAACUAUGACUCGGACGUGUUCUCCAACAAUGUCCUGUCCAAAGCGGUGAAGCAGGAGUCCAGCGACGCCGGCUACUACCAGGAGAGCACCGGCGGGCCCACCUCGGCCAUUGUUGGAGUAAAUUCCGGCGGACACUCAUUCCAUUACCAGAUCGGAGCACAAGGGACAAUGUCCUUCCGAGACCAGCCCAACCCCUUGUUGAAUCUAAUUUCUCCCGUCGCGGCGCUGAUGGAGUCGUGGAAAUCGCGACCCGGCAUGCCGCAGGGGUCGCUGUCGGGCCGGGGAGAGGCCUACCCGGGUCAGAACUGCAUCGUGGACAGCAUGUCCAGCUCGCCGCUCCGGCAGCCCUCGUCCACGGCCAAGGUGUGUCUGGUGUGCGGGGACGAGGCGUCGGGCUGCCACUACGGCGUGGUGACGUGCGGCAGCUGCAAGGUCUUCUUCAAAAGAGCCGUGGAAGGCCAGCACAACUAUCUCUGCGCCGGCAGGAACGACUGCAUCAUCGACAAGAUCCGAAGGAAAAACUGCCCGGCGUGCCGCGUACGCAAGUGCCUUCAGGCCGGGAUGAACCUCGGAGCUCGCAAGUCCAAGAAGUUGGUGAAGUUAAAGAGCGUCGGCGAGGACGCCAAGGAGCCUCAAACGGGCGGCGUGGGAGGCGACUUCCUGCCCUCGGAGAAGGAGCUGAGCGCGCCGGCCAGCACCACCUUGGUGCCGCACGGCCUCGGGGCGGUCACACCUUUCCUGCCGCCCUCCAUCUGCAGCGUGCUGGAGCUCAUCGAGCCCGAAGAGGUGUACUCGGGCUUCGACAACACGCAGCCCGACACCAGCGACCACCUGCUGUCCAGCCUCAACUGCUUGGCCGGCAAGCAGAUGGUCCGCCUGGUCAAGUGGGCCAAAGUACUUCCAGGUUUCCGGGGCCUGCCCAUCGAGGACCAGAUCACGCUGAUCCAGUACUCCUGGAUGUGUCUGUCCACCUUCUGCCUCAGCUGGCGCUCGUACAAACACACCAACGGACAGAUGCUCUACUUCGCCCCGGACCUCAUCUUUAACGAGGAGCGCAUGCAGCAGUCGGCCAUGUACCCCCUGUGUCUGGGUAUGAGACAGGUGAGCCAGGAGUUUGUUCGACUGCAGCUCACCUACGACGAGUUCCUGUCCAUGAAGGUGCUGCUACUCCUCAGCACAAUUCCCAAAGAGGGUCUGAAGAACCAGGCAGCGUUCGAAGAGAUGCGAGUCAAUUACAUCAAAGAGCUCCGGCGUUCCGUGGGGAAAGCGACCAACAACUCGGGCCAAACCUGGCAGCGCUUCUUCCAGCUCACCAAGCUGCUGGAUGCCAUGCAUCAUCUGGUGGGGAGGCUGCUGGACUUCUGCUUCUACACCUUCCGAGAGUCGCAGGCCUUGAAGGUGGAGUUCCCCGACAUGCUGGUGGAGAUCAUCAGCGACCAGAUCCCCAAGGUGGAGUCGGGCCUCACACACACCAUCUACUUCCACAAGAAGUGACGCCCGGGGGGUAAAACACGCGGGAACUCAAACCCCAGCCAGGGACGCCACCUUGGCGCCUCCCCUCCCCGCCCCCCCGCCUUCAGGACGCCGCCGGUCGGUCCUUGUCUGAAACCAGAAGGGCGGGAGCGGCGCAGGACUUGCGACAAAAGUGUGUAAAUGUUGCCCCGCCUCCCUUCCCCGUACGCCAUCUUGGAGACAAAGCCAUAGCAGAACGUGGGCGUGGUGGUGGAGACGUAGGUAGGUAGGUAGGUAGGUAGGUAGGUAGGUAGGUAGGUAGGUAGGUGGUGGACCCGCAGAUCCCAACAUGUAGCUUGCAGACACGCUCCACUCCCAAGGGCUACUUGACACUUUCCUCCACAUAUACACUCGGCUUCUUAGUGAGUGCUGAGUCAGCAGCUGGUCACAAAUGUUUAGUAGCAACAUUCACACAGUCUAAGGCAGCCGUGUCCGGAGGUUGCCCACAGCCACAUUUGCGACAAAUGUUGUUUUUUUUCCCCCCCGACCCCGGCGCUUAUUUAACUUUGUAGGCAGGAGACUCCAACGCUCGGACAAUUUAGAGUUCAGUUGAAUUUUUGUGGGGUUUUAAAACAAUAUUUUCCUAUUCAGUUUGUUAAAAUUCCAGUUGUGAUAAAAAAAUUUAAACAUGGCUGAUGAAUUUAAUGAUUGUUAAUAAUCU